UUGUUGUACAUACAUCUUGCUGGUUGGCUUCACAAGGGCAUCCGGAGCGACAACAUACUCUUUUUCGCUGAGAAUAACGGUGGUUUCUCUUAUGACCAAUCUUUUGUUGUAGGAUUCGAAUAUAGCAGGGAAGCAUCUGAUCCCCACUAA